AUGCAAUCAGCUAGACAAAAACUUCGUGAAUACCGUGAUGAAGAUCAUCGUUCACAUGAUGAAAUAGUGGAAUUAUGGGCAAACAUUUUAUCUAAAUGUGAUUUAACAACAUUAGGUGAUGAAGAGUGGUUUUAAUACUUGAACAAAUAUUUAAAUCAGCUUUACAUUUUUUCAAAUCCAUCAAUUGCUCAUCAAUGUUUCGAACGAUUAGAAGAACAUCUUCAAAAAUGAAACCCUGUUUUAAUAACAUUAAAUACGAUGUAUUUUGAAUCAAUUGAAGAAUUCGAUAAAGCUAAAGAAAUUAGUUUAACAUUAAUAGAAGAUAGUGAAACAGAUGACAUUAAAAAAUCAUAUUGGUUUAAUCAAUUAUUUAGUUUUUAUUUGUAAAGAUUCAUACGAUCUUCCUUCAACUUGUUUAAUUCGUAUUGAAGAUUAUUGUCAAAAAAUGACAGAAGGUAUCAGCCAUAAAGAUCUAGCAUUAAACGAAAUAACAAAAAUCUACUUGAAUUAAUUGAUUUAAAUACCAUUAAGAAAGAAAAAAUUUAUCUUAUUCUUACUACUAAUGAUUCUUGUUGCUCUCGACUAUCAGUACGUUAUUUUUUUAGUAUUAUUAAUCGAUGUUUUAUUCCUGUCUUGUAUUCUAGAAUGAUAUGAUUAAAAUGAAAAACGAUAUUAUAUUAUUAAACGAAAAACAACUUGAUCAUCAAAGUGCUGAAUUAGAUCAAUUGCGUAAACCCAGGACGGACAAUCCGAUACUUGGAUCCAACCGGACUCGAUCGGAUUUCGAUCGGUUCCUGCAGGAAUCUAAGUAAAUUCGGGUUGCGGACCCACUCACGGAUCCCUAGUGUUGGAAUCCAAUCGAUUCUUGCAGGGACCAGUGAAAACCCGAUAAGUUUCUUUAGGACCUCGUUGGAAUCCGACUCCUAAAAUUUCUAUCAAAUUCGGUUGUUGGAUUUGAUCGGAUGUUCACCGGACUCCAACACUAGGUAUCCGUUAGUAGUUCCUGUUACGAGCUUGCCCUUUACAUCGUUCCACUCUAUUUCAUUUCUAUCUCUUUUCUUUGAUCUAGUCAUGCGCCACAUCUAUCGGUGUUGUCUUCUCGAAGGAGAAGAUGUGUGUGCAUUGUAGAUUGUUUUUGUUUUUGUUUUUGUUUAUUGUUAAGCUAGUCAGUUAUCGCUUUCUCAAUAAAGAGAAUGAUGAAGAUAUCACCCCUAAUAGUUCCCCAACCCGGAAUCUCAAGGGACUUUGUCGACUCGUCGGAUUUUAUAAGAUCCGAUCAGAUUCGAUAUCGGAUUCAUUCACCUGGGAAGACAUUCUUGAUUUAAAGUAAGUGUUUUAUUUUGUUUUUAGAACACAAUCCAGUGAAAAAAUACUCAGAGAGGCUUUUGCUCAUUUACUAAUUCCGUUUAUAGAAAAAUUAAAACAGGAAUUUGAAAAAAAGAACGAAGAACAAACAAAUUCAAAACAAUACGAUUUUUUAAAAUCUUACAAUAAAUAUAACCUACGGCAAUUAAAAACUGGGGUUUCAAUAGAGAAAAAAUCAGUUUUACUAAUUAAUGAUGUCAUUAACGAUUUUGCUGAACAAUCAAAAAUAUCAAGAUCAGAUUUUAUUGAUUUACUUGUUGAUAAAAGCUGUUAGCGCAAUCCCUGUGGCAUUAAAAUGUGAAACACGAUGAAACUUCUUUUCUGGAAUUCGGCUAUCACGAUCACUGAUGGCCUGUGGAGCUUCUCUGUUACAGUCUGUAUUAUGAUGCAUGAAGUCUCUAGAAACCACCACAGGCCGCUACAGAGAACUCAGAAACACCACAGACCGUUACAGAUAAAUUUUAAUAAUUAAUUAAUUAACCAAUUAGCUGAUUAAUUAAUUUCUCUGUAACGGUCUGUGGGGG